AUGGCAUCCGUAACAGGAAUCCCCGAAAACCCACGCGUAGCCACGGGAGAGCUCCAAAAUCCCCACGAAGCAGGUUACGGAGAAGAAGAACCCUUACUCGGACGAGCAGGCGAUGCAUCACAACAAGAAGGACGACCAUUAAUUUGGAACCUAGCACUUGGAACCGCAACAAUAACCCAAAUCGCCCUCCUCCUCCUCACCGCCCACAUCUGGGCCAGUAUAUUCCUCUCUCCUACCGGUCUAAUCCUCUUUUCGGCACAUCCACUCCUCAAUUCCAGCGGCCUCCUCUUUCUCACGCAAGGAAUUCUUAUUCUCCAACCUACGCAUACCGCGACUCAGAAACGUCAGGGUACACUCGUGCACGCGUGGUUUAACUCGCUGGCACUUAGCUUGUUAAUCGCGGGAUUGGUUGUUAUUGAGGUGAAUAAAUUUGCGCAUAGGGGUAUUCAUUUUGAAUCUGCGCAUGCUAUUCUCGGCCUAACAACCUACAUCCUCCUCCUCCUCCAAACCCUAAUCGGCACAACCCAAUACUUCACCCCCUCCCUCUACGGCUCCCCCCAAACCGCAAAAGCAAUCUACAAAUACCACCGCGCAAGCGGUUACCUCAUUCUCCUCCUCAUGCUCGCUACCAUCUCCGCUGCUACAUGGACGCCUUUUAAUGAAAACGCGUUGCAUAUUAAGAGUUGGGCUGUGAUUGGCUGUGCGCUGUUGAUGUUGGUUGGGAUGGUGCCGAGGAUUAAGAAGGAGAAAUUGGGAUUGGGGAGGAGGAAUUGA